UCUCUAGCAGAUAACUAUCCCCCUUCUCUAGCAGAUAACUACCCCCCUUCUCUAGCAGAUAACUAUCCAUCUUCUCUAGCAGAUAACUAUUCCCAUUCUCUAGCAGAUAACUAUCCCCCUUCUCUAGCAGAUAACUAUCCAUCUUCUCUAGCAGAUAACUAUCCAUCUUCUCUAGCAGAUAACUAUUCCCCUUCUCUAGCAGAUAACUAUCCCCCUUCUCUAGCAGAUAACUACCCCUUCUCUAGCAGAUAA